UUUGACCCCUGUUCCUGUUUUUGAUAGAUAACUUGCGGUUGGUCUCACCCUCAUGCUUAUCUUGAGCAGUCAAAAGUGCAUAUGCCUUAUCUCUGUUAUACAGAAAAGGCAGAAAGAAGUAGUGAAUUCUUUGUAAAGCUGAGGCAUCGUCCUAAAUGCUGUUACCUGCAUCCUUUCUUGUUCUUUUUGCACGGACCCAAGUGAAGGACUUUACUCCCCUCCCCAGAACGAUCCAGGAAACAACAAGACAAACUGAGGAAGUGAAGAGCACCGAGAGCCAUCGAUACAUGUCUGCUUGAGGAGGCAACUGGCAAAUCAAACUGAAAAGAAGUUGUCUUAUUUGUUGCCGUUACAAGAUUUACCAUGUUUGGGACUGUGGUCAUUGGGAUUGGGAUUGCAGGAUCUGUGCGGAUCAGAGACUUGCUGAAUCCUUUGCCUUCCAGUCCUGCUGAGCAUCUCAGACUGUUGGGCUUUGUGUCUAGGAGACCUCUAGGUGAUGUUAACAAAGUCAAGCAGAUAAGUCUACAAGAAGCUUUGGACAGCAAGGAGGUCACUGCUGCCCUCGUCUGUACAGAUAACCAGAACCACAGCGAGACUGUCAGGAUGUUCCUGGAGGCUGGGAAACAUGUCCUUGUUGAGUACCCUUUGGCGCUGUCUGCAAAGGAAGCACAUGAGCUGUGGGAGUUGGCAGAGCAGAAAGGCAAAAUCCUCCACGUGGAACAUAUUGAACUCCUGACUGAGGAGUACAAGCAGCUGAAGAAAGAGGUGGCGGGGAAGGAGCUUGUGAAGGGAACCUUGCACUUCACAGGUGGCGCAUUGGAUGAAGAACGCUCAGGGUUCCCAGCUUUUAGUGGGAUUGCUCGUCUGACUUGGCUAGUUGAUCUUUUUGGGGACCUCACUGUUGUAUCUGCCACGAGGGAAGAGCAGAAAGAGAGAAAUUACUCCAGAAUGACUGCACAGUUUCAGACUGCAAAAAAGAGGCCCCUGACUUGGAUUGAAGAAAGGGCACCAGGGAUGAAGCGGGACAAGGCCAUCAACUUCUGCUUCACAGGCGGGUGCUUGGAGAGUCUUCCCGAGGCCCCCCGUUCACAAGUUGGCAUCUUCAUGCAAGACCUGAUCCUCUUUGCCAAAAAGCUUUUGGGCCAGGCCUCCCAAGAGGAAGUGGUGGCUGAGAAGAGGCGGAUUCUGCUGUGUCUCGACCUGGCCGAAGAGAUUCAAAGGCUCUGUGAGCGGCCACAGAACACCUACUCUUGAACACCUGCUUGGGAGUAAGGGGCUGGGCUGCUUAGAACUGCUGCUGCUGCUGCUGCUUCUCCUCCGGAAAUGGUUCUUUCUACCAUUCCCGUCUAACUUGCCAGACUCUCCAUUGUGACCAGUAAGACUUUUCUAACAAUUUCGGGCCAGUCCAGGUUUCCCAUGUCCUUUACAGGUUUGAUUUAACCUGGCAAAAGUGAAUAGUGUACCACUUUUGGCUUGCCUUAGUGAAGGAGUUGGCAAAAUGUAGCCUUCCAGCCCUUCAGACCCUCUUUGCUUUCCCCAGGACAUACCUUCUCCCUGGCCAUAUUCCUUCACCCCAGACCACACCCCUCACCGGCCUGGCUUUGUGCCCUCCAUGAGUGCUUUUGCCUGGGUAGAAUGUGCUCUUGAAGUCUGCUAAUACUUCUUGCUUUGCUUGGGUGGAAGACAGCAGGUAUAUGCACCCGUGUCGCCUGCUGUUCAGAGGUAAAAUACAUUUAUUCGCUUCCUCUACUUUACCUUUGGCCUUGC